CUUUUCUUUACUUAAAUAUUUUUGUUUACAUGAUUUACCAUUUGAAAAGAUUGCCAUGAAGACAAAGAGAUUGAAAGGUGGAGGGGGUUGAGGGGCCGAAAGAUGAUAAAAUUCAAGGCACAUGGUUCUGGAGCACAAAAUGACAGAAUUGGUCAAUUAGCUGGCUAGAUUGCCAGCUUCAUGGCCCAUGCAGCUGUCCUCAGGGACCGACCAGGCAGAAACAUAUACGUGGAUGAUUCAAAUUGGCCAAUGGCAUCUGUGACAAAUGCAAAAAUAAUGAUUCAGAUCGGCAAAUGGCAAGUGUAACAACAUUCCUCCAGUAUUUGAAGUUUGAACACUUGUAUUCUCUGAAAAAAUCCUUAUCCUCUAAUUUUUUCGGUUUGUUUCUCAUUAAUCAUCGAUUAAUUAUUCUUCCUCCACCCGUUUCUGUAUAGUUUUGAUAAUUACUUGAGCCAAUCACAAGGCUUUAGUCAAUUUACAACAUCAUUUUACUGAUUCCCAAUUUGAUACCAAAUACAAAACGACUAAGAGGGGAGUGUCUUGUGUUCCUGUCGUACAUGACCACUCAAAACAGGACUUCCUAAAAGAAACAAGCAGCUUGCCGUUUCAGCAACUCAGGAUGCCGGACUUGUGACACAAUUAUAAGACUUGUGUUUUUUCGUAUCUCUUGAUAAUUCUUCUCGUUUGACAUGGUACAUCUGUUUAGAUAGCUCUAUUUUCUGCUUUCUUCGACUUGAAAAGUUUUAGUUUCCCUCUUUUGCACAGUAGCUGUGCAUAUAGAAUUCAUUUCCAAUCUCCCUUUGCAGUGUUCUAUUUUGUUGCAAUUUGAUAGGCUUUCAUUCUCCUAGAUAGCUUACCAUCAAAACAGAAAUUGUUGUUUUCCUUGAAAAAUCUUGCUGUGCUUUCUUGAAGAAUUUCAAGUGAUGGCUAAUGAAUUAUGCUUGGAUGAUUCUUGUGCGAGUCCUAGAAUCUCUUUUUCUAAUGAUUUUUCCGAGAGAGACAUUGUACCGAUAGAACAGCGCCCUCCCCAAUCAAGUUCAUUGAAUUCAGAUUUUUGCUUUCACAACGACACCAUCAAUCUAGAAUCUCCACUGGCAGACGAACUAUUCCUCAAUGGGAAGGUCGUCGUCCCUAUUGAAAUCAAGAAAAUUAUCCCCCCCAUGACACAUGCACAAGAACAACCUGGAUGUCCACCUCCACAGGUAUGUCUUGAUGCUACCUUAACUGAAAAGGAUUCAAGGCAUGAGAGCUUGAAUGUAAUCAAGAUCAAUACAAGCAAAGGAAACAGCAUUGAUCGAGAAUUUUCAUCCUUGAGGGAACCUUUCCUUAAUCGGGAAAUCAUUAUUCCUCUCAAAUUCAAGAAAAAGAAAAACAUUCCACCACCAUUUUCACCACUAGGUGCAUUUCUUGAUGCUGAUGAUGACAACGAUGAAGAUACUAACAAAGGCUCAAAUCGUUGGAUGAUCAAGCCUGCAAGAAAUAAACCGGACGGCUACGAGAAACAAAACUUGAAACAAUCUUCACGUUUCAAGAGGCGCAGUAGCUUGAGUCGUGCUAGCAUAUGUGGAGGGAUCGCAUGUCCUUUUCCGUUCUUUUGUCGAAACAACUCUGAUGUAUACGUACCAAAUGUGAAGGGAAUACCAUUGUCAUCAAAAAGGUUCUCACAGUCGUAAGAUGAAUUCACAGAACUGGAAUAAGUUGCGGCUUUCUCCUCCAUACAGCUGGUAGAUCAUUUAAUGUGAUGAAUCAUUUGAAGAAGAAACGAAUUCUCAUUUCCACCUUCUUCUAUUACUUUAUAUUUCAUUUCAUUACAAUUUACUAUACAUGUAACAAUCAAUAUUCAUCUUAUGGGACUGGUAUUCCGUUUAAUUAUCAUGUUACAGUACAUUGUCAAGGCUCGAUGUGUUUCAAUUCUAGAAAAUAAGACCAACGUUUCUGUAAA